AUGCUGUUCAAUUCCGUUGUGAUACUUGCGCUUUGCGCUGCCCCUGGCGUCGAAGUCGCAGCAAAGCCGGUGUCCAAGAAUGCGCGCUGCGGAGAGAAGUUUGGCGGCGCGACUUGCCAGGGAAGCAAAUGGGGCAAUUGCUGCUCUCCAUACGGCUACUGUGGAAGCGGAAAGGAUUACUGCGAGGCGAAGAAAUGCCGGAAGAACUUUGGUACUUGCAAUGGACAGUAUCAGUGUAUUUGA